AUUUUGCAUUUUUUGGUAUACAAAUCCAAACAGAUCUUGUAAAUAUAAUGAUAAUACAGCGCAUUCAUCAACAGUAAAAAGUUGUAUAAAGUGCGAUUCUUCGCCCUAACUUCGCUUCAGAUCUGAUUCCAAGAACUCUCUCACCACGCAGAAACAGGGUUUUUUUGGAGAGUACUAUUAACAAAUUCAGAUUUCAUAAUGGGUCGUGGAGUCAGCAGCGGUGGGGGACAGAGUUCUCUUGGCUACCUUUUUGGAAGUGGUGAGGCUCCAAAAGCCACCACUAGCAAUGUUGAAGCUGCUCAAAAUCCUGGAAAGGUUGCUAGCAAUGAGCCUCCUCAAAAGCCUACUGCCACAGCACCACCACCAGCAGGAGAUGUUAGUAAGCAGAUUCCAGCAGGCAUCCCAGGAAACAAUGCGAACAACUAUCAUAGAGCUGAUGGCCAGAACACUGGCAACUUCCUCACGGAUCGGCCUUCGACUAAAGUCCAUGCAGCCCCAGGUGGUGGAUCUUCCCUGGGUUACCUGUUUGGUGGUGGCAGCAACUAAUUACCUGGUGGUAUCAACGGUUAAGGAAAGUUCAUUACUGUUUGUCCAGGUUCCAUUAAAGUUUGGGCCAAACAAUAUUUCCUUAUUCUAGUCCACCUGCAGACAUUUGAGUAAUCAUGUAAUAUGUAGUCUUUUCUUUGUUUGGAACGUUGAGAACGGAUUUACUUUCAAGUUCUCUAAGACUCAAGUUUGAUGCAAUAACAGUCCAUAAUUACCGUGCUUAUCAAUUGUUAAUCAAUUCAGUGUGUUUCCUA